CAACUACCAGACUAUCGACAGUUACUUAUGCACGUUCGCGCGAGCGAUACAUGGCUGGCUUUGGCGCCUGCAACGAUGUGCACCUCGUCCGUCGUGCUUUUCCGACCCCGGCGGCGUGGUUAGCCCUGGCAUUCCUCGUCGGCUUCCAUCAGGACAAUGAAGUGGGCGUCGUCGCGGACAAUGCCGUCGAAGGCCGCAUCGAGUCGCCGUUUACGUGCCAGGGCCGGCCGUACGGCUUCUACGCCGACCCCAUGUCCGGAUGCCACGGGUUCCACAUCUGCAACCCGCAGGUGAUUGGCGGCGUGCUGCACUCGCGCAUCUACAGUUACCAAUGCCGAAAAGACUGGGUGUUCGACCAGCUGCGCUUCGCCUGCGUGCCACCGAACGCCACCAGACCAGAUGUCUGUGAGCAAGUCGAGACGUUCUACUACAUCAACGAAGCGUUCACCAUGCGUACCAAGCUGCUGGAGUCUCGGGUUUCCAAACGACUCUUCAGCUGCGACCGAAUCGCGCCUGGAACGUACGCUGACGUGCGUUCGGGAUGCAAGUCGUACUUCAUGUGCGCUAUCGUCGACGGCGAAGAGAUCGGCGCCAGGAUGUCUUGCCCCAUGCCCACUGUGUUCGACCAGCGCACCAAGAGUUGCCAGUUUCCCGACUUGGCAACCCCUUGCGAGCUGUCGGAGAUGUACUUCGACGUUCCCAACUACGAACACAUCAAGCUUACCCAGAGGCCGACAACGGUAUUCAACCUUUCCCCUCGAGGCAACGUCCGAUUGCCUAGCAUGCCGGAGCAUUCUGCGUAUCGGAGUCCAGUUGGGAACAAGUUGCUCUCAUCUGAAGUUAUCUUGGCUGGACUCGGGGUGAGGCACAUCAUGGCGAAGCACGCUGUCACGGCUUCCAACGGCCACAGCGUCCCCGAGGCGCCUCCAUCGAACUUCAGCUGCUGGGGUCGUCAGUACGGCUACUACGCCGACGUGGAACUGGACUGCGAGUACUUUCACGUGUGCACCGUCGUAGUGGGCGCCGAGGGACAGCGACUGUUCCUGAAGUACUCGUUUCAUUGCGACGAGGGCACUUUCUUCGACCAGGAACAAUUUGAGUGUCGCAUCCCCGCGGAGGCGCUGCCGUGCUCGCAGGCUCAGGUUUACUACGACCGAAACUCCGCGUGGAACGAGUAAGGAAGAAGUGAGCCUGCAGACAACAUUUCGAUGACUGUUAACGAAAGAGGAAGUGUGAAAGGAAUUCAUCAUUAAAUGGCUACAUUUACGUCAGUGAGGUAGGCCUUGAUUGACGCAGUUAGAGAAUAAAGCUAAGUCUUGUUUAAGAAA